CGGUUCUAACCGAGCUUGUUCAAGAAUGACCUGAUCACAAACUUGCCUUAGACUCACCAACCGUCAAAGCGAACAACAACGUCGUCGUCCACAAUGUCCGCCGUACGAUUCACCCGCGCUGCCACGCGCGCCACUGCGCAGCUCCGCGCUCCCCUCCAGCGCCGAUUUGCCAGCACCACCGAGAACGAGUUCAUCAAGGAGCGUCAGCACAUCAAGGAGCACGCUGUCGGUACCACUGAGCUGUGGAAGAAGAUCUCCCUCUAUGGUGUCGCCCCCUGCCUUAUCGCCGCCGGUGCCAACGCCUACUGGCUUUGGAACGAGCAUUGGGAGCACUGGAACCACAUGCCUCCUCUGGAGGAGCGCACCGAGUACCCUUACCAGAACAUCCGCACCAAGAACUACCAGUGGGGUAACGGUGACAAGACUCUCUUGUAAGUUGUGACAUCAUUCCGGGCAAGAGCUUCAAAAGAGCUUCAAGAAGCUUGGAUGCCAGCUCUCACGCCAUUGAGCUCCGAGCUAUCAUGCUCUAUGACGUUUGUGAAUAUCAUACUAACUAUGUACAGCUGGAACGACGAGGUCAACUACCACAACAAGGACAAGGCUUCCUAAGUAUGAUCUGUCGACAGCUCAUGCGUUGGACAAUUGCUGGACUACUCCGUCAUGGACUACUCCCUCUGGAGAUACCUUGUACAUGUUCCCUAGACUCGAAUUGACUGAUUGUUGAAAUCUUUACCAUCGCUCCUAAGUAUGCUGAGGGACAUGAAACUGGAUGUGCCGUCCUGUUUCUACUAUUAUCAUAAAAGAUGCCUGCAAGUUUUGUCGUAAAAACCACCAAUAACAGGUCAUUUCCCCGCUAGUUCUAACUGAAUUUACUCUGUAUUCUUUUCCAAGCAUGUUCUAAAUAUUGUCUUGACAUUAUCCACGC